UUCUCCAAUAUCAUAUUGUUUUCUUCUUUUUUUCUUUCUGAAUCUAACACAAGCAUUUAUCUAAGGUUUCUCAAACCAUAAGCUUGGAUAGUCAUUUUCUCUUGCUCUAAUCAGAUAAGUAUCAUUUGUGGACUAAUUACUUGAGAAAGAAAUGAGUGUAUUUCCAGGAUUUGGUGGCUGGAUCAAUCAAAACAGUCAACAACCUCCUAAGGCUGAGUCCAAGAGAUCUGAGAAUGUUGAAUCUAAUUCAGAGCCACCGUUAGAAUUUAAAUACUAUGAUAAAGAUGAAGUGGAUAAGCAAGUUCAACUUUGGAUAGAGGAAGACAAAAAGUAUCCAUGGAAAGAUGCUCCUCCUAAGGUGAAGGUGACAAGAAAAAAAGGUCUUUACCAUAUGCACAUAGAAUUGACGAAAGGAAGAGUUCCUGAAUCAGUCUACUUAUUAUUCGCUAAUCCACUCAACAACCAAUACUUCCAAGACUUCGAUGGGCACAACUUUCUGGAAAACAAAUCAAGAAAACUUUUGCUGAAGGAUGGACCGAGGCGGAUUGCGGAGGUAGAGAAAGUUGUAUCCUGGAAAUUCCUUUGGUUCUCUGGAGCUCUCCCAAUAAGUCUAAUUGUCGAAGACAACCAAAAAUAUCUUACCGGAAAUUAUAAGAAAAAGAACGUGAAGUUCAUGAAAGUCUUCGAGGGUAGCUGGAAAGUGGAGCCACUUUUCAUAGAUUCAGAACGCUUGUGCAAGCAAAUUAAGCCCAAGAGUCGAGAAGAGUACAAAAAAUGUAGUGGGGGACGAGGAAGGAUUGCAUCAAAGGUGACAAUGGAGCAGAUCUUUCAGCCUUCUUUUCCUCUUAAUCUUCCUCCCUUUUCUUGGAUCAUCCGUGGGAUCACCAUCAAAACCACCAAGAAUCUACUCGAUGUGGCUCCAUAAGACACUAAUCUUCAAAACUAAAAACUGAAAUACUUUUCUUUAAUGACCAAAAAGAUGCAAUAUGAAUUUAGUUGUUUAUUUUAUCACCUUGACCUCUAGACUCACCGUUCUUGGAUUUUGCAUCUUCAGCAUAAAAAUCUGAUAAUCACAAAUUACAUUUAUGAUUUGUAAUUUUAAGCUCUACAUUCAUUCUGCAAUGUCGCCAAAUCAUGAUAAUGCUAUAUAUGCAACAAAUCACAAUGAUGUGAUUUUAAGA